AAUCUGCUGUUGCGCGGAGUGGAUCAGAACCAGUCAGCCGCUCCCAUUCCUCACAUCCCUCCGCGCUCCUCAUUGUGCUCUGCUGACUCAGUGCCUUAAGCAUCAUCCGCUCUCAACGCCACUGGCACAAACCUCGACCAGUGUGGAAAAUAACACGGAUUCAAGAAGGGACAACAUGGCCAAAACAGCUAUCGCAUACAAGGAGAAGAUGAAGGAGCUGUCCAUGCUCUCGCUCAUCUGCUCCUGCUUCAGCCCACAGACACGCAACAACCUUGUCUGUGAGUUUGAAGAUAUGGAAGUAAAGCCAAUAAACAAAAGGGCCUCGGGCCAGGCCUUCGAGGUGAUUCUGAAACCUCCCUCACCCGUGACAGACGUGGCCCACAGCAUCACCUCUCCUCCAAAGAAGAGGGAUAUGUCACUGGAGGACAUCCAGAAGAAGCUGGAGGCUGCUGAGAACCGCAGGAGGUCCCAGGAAGCUCAUGUGCUCAAAGUUCUGGCUGAGAAACGUGAGCACGAGAGGGAUGUGCUGCUCAAAGCCAUGGAGGAAAACAGCAACUUCAGCAAGAUGGCAGAGGAAAAGCUCAUUCUGAAGAUGGAGCAGAACAAGGAAAACCGUGAGGCCCAACUGGCAGCUAUGAUAGAACGCCUGCAUGAGAAGGAGCGACAUGCUGCAAUUGUUCGCAGGAACAAGGAGCUGAGGGAAGAACUAAUAGCGUGAAGUUAUUCUCCUCCUCAUACCCUUCAUCAGCAAACCCGUCAUCCUAUCCUGCUCACACACACACACACACACACACACACACAUAACCACUGGUAAACACCAGUCAGAACAACUAGUGUCACACUCGUAUACAGUUUGAACGGUCUUGCUUGAUUUCAUUAUGGAAGCCCGUUUCUGCCACUAAAUAAAAAAUAAAAAAAAGGUAACUGCGACUUUUUAUCUCGCAAUUCUGACUUUAGAACUCAAAAUUCUUAGAAAAUUGUGUGAUAUGAAUUGAAGAAAAAAAGUCCGAAAUGCAGUUAUAUAUCUCGUAAUUUUACCUUUAUAACUCGCGGUUUUUACUUUAUAAAACUUGUUAUAAAGUCAAAAUUGCAAGUUAUGAACUCGUAAUUCGGAGAAAGAAUUGUGAAAUAUAAAAGUCGCAAUUACCUAGUUUUAUUUUUUAUUCAUUGGCGGAAAGCGGCUUCCAUAUUACAUAGAGUAAUAGGAAGACACAAGUAUUAUUUUGUAAAUACAUCUUUUUUUAUCUCUCACUCUAUCGCUUUCUCUCUAUCUAUCUUUCUGUCUAUCAGAUUGAAUGAUUACAAAUCCCCACGACACGUUAUGUUGAUUCUCCUUUUAUUAUCAUCUGUCGAUUUCUCAGUUGUUUUGGUUGAGGCACGUCAGGUUUGAUCAUGUGAAAGGUUUUUGAUGUCGUGAGUAAGCUGCCCGCUUACGUUUAUAGUGUUAAAUGAUGUGAAGUUUGGUGUAAUUGUGAAGAAUGCAAAAAGCUUCAGUGCUCAGGCCCCAGAUUUCCAUUUUAAAAACGCAAACCUACCCAGACUCAUGAAUAUAUAGUGCACUUACAUUUAUAUACAGCAUGAUCAAGACAUUUUCCUGAACAAAUAGCUUGAAAUAUGAGUACUGAAACAAAUAAAAACAUGUUAAUAGUGUUUCAUUUGUAAGCAAAAAUGUAUUUUUAGUUUCUUUGCAUAUUAUCCUUCCAUAAAAUGAAAUAUAACUCUCUUGAAAUGUUACGCACAUCUGCAUGUCGAUCUCUUUUGUUGGCUGAUGUUUGGAAAACACUGCACCCUUUCUGGACCCUUUGGACAAGAGUCUAGACAGCUUGACAUAGCCUGCGUUAUAUUACAAAGGAAAAGGAAAAAAAAUAAGCAGCCGAUUCUUACCCUGUUGCUCCCUAUGAGCGAGGUUUUCUUUUCGUUGACCUGCCCCGUUCCUCUUCAUUGAUUCAGGCCUUCGGCACUCAAGGCUGAUGUAGUAGACAUCUUCAUUAGUGCAGCGGUGUAAUAAAGGGAGUCGUAUAUCUCUGAAUGUUCUGGCAUCUGCCUGGCUUGAUAAAAUAGGUAACAUCUUUACCAGCUGAAUGUAUCCUCAUAUACUCCCCACUACAGCUUUUGACGUGUGACUUUUCUAUUUGUUUGUUUUCGUGCGACUGGAGUAAGUGUGUGUAUGUGUGUGUGUGUGUGUCCACAUUAGGUUGACCGAGAAUUUGUGUCCUAUCUCUCUGGAAGUGAAGUAAUGCGGAAUAUGCACUGAAUGAUAAUGAUUUUACUUGGAUUUGUUUUUCAUAUCACUGUCUCCUCUAUAAAUAUGCUUGAAGUGUCUUCGGCUGCCGAAAUUGUCUUUUCCCCCUCUCAUUUCUGUGUGUGCAAAAUUUGGUGAAAAUAAAGGUUUGGGGUUCUGUGAA